GGCGCCUGCCCCGCCCAUCCCUGCGGCGAGGGCGUGGCCGUGGCCGCGGCGCUCCGGCGGGGGCUGGCCCUGGGCUCCCGCUGUCGGGGUCCCACAGUUUCUAGCCGCCCCUCUCCUCAGUGCCCGGUGGCCCGGGAGGGCCUGGGAGCCCGAGGCCGUCCCCGAGUCGCUCCUGGGUCACUGGCACGAUGCAGGCCGUUCUGUCGGCUGAUGGGUUGGAAGCCCAGCGAGGCUAGAGGCCAGUCCCAAAGUCUCCAGGCAUCAGGGCUGCAGCCCAAGAGCCUCAAGGCGGCCGGGCGGGCGACUGGACGGCCGGACAGGUCCCGAGCAGCCCGGCCCACCAUGGACCCCUCUGCCCACAGGUCCCGAGCAGCCCCGCCCAACAUGGACCCAGACCCCCAGGCGGGCGUGCAGGUGGGCAUGCGGGUGGUGCGCGGCGUGGACUGGAAGUGGGGCCAGCAGGACGGCGGCGAGGGCGGCGUGGGCACGGUGGUGGAGCUUGGCCGCCACGGCAGCCCCUCGACACCCGACCGCACGGUGGUCGUGCAGUGGGACCAGGGCACACGCACCAACUACCGCGCCGGCUACCAGGGCGCGCACGACCUGCUGCUCUACGACAACGCCCAGAUUGGCGUCCGGCACCCCAACAUCAUCUGUGACUGCUGCAAGAAGCACGGGCUGCGGGGGAUGCGCUGGAAGUGCCGCGUGUGCCUGGACUACGACCUCUGCACGCAGUGCUACAUGCACAACAAGCACGAGCUUGCCCACGCCUUCGACCGCUACGAGACAGCCCACUCACGCCCUGUCAUGCUGAGUCCCCGCCAGGGCCUCCUGAGGAUCCCACUAAGGGGCAUCUUCCAGGGCGCGAAGGUGGUGCGAGGCCCCGACUGGGAGUGGGGCUCACAGGAUGGAGGGGAAGGGAAACCAGGCCGUGUGGUGGACAUCCGUGGCUGGGAUGUGGAGACAGGCCGGAGUGUGGCCAGCGUGACGUGGGCUGAUGGUACCACGAACGUGUACCGUGUGGGCCACAAGGGCAAGGUGGACCUCAAGUGUGUGGGCGAGGCGGCGGGCGGCUUCUACUACAAGGACCACCUCCCAAGGCUUGGCAAGCCGGCCGAGCUGCAGCGCAGGGUGAGUGCUGACGGUCAACCCUUCCAGCACGGGGACAAGGUCAAAUGUCUGCUGGACACUGACAUCCUGCGGGAGAUGCAGGAAGGCCACGGCGGCUGGAACCCCAGGAUGGCGGAGUUUAUCGGACAGACGGGCACGGUGCAUCGCAUCACGGACCGCGGGGACGUGCGCGUGCAGUUCAACCACGAGACGCGCUGGACCUUCCACCCCGGGGCGCUCACCAAGCACCACUCCUUCUGGGUGGGCGACGUGGUCCGGGUCAUCGGCGACCUUGACACGGUGAAGCGGCUGCAGGCUGGGCAUGGCGAAUGGACGGACGACAUGGCCCCUGCCCUGGGCCGCGUCGGGAAAGUGGUGAAAGUGUUUGGAGACGGGAACCUGCGUGUAGCAGUCGCUGGUCAGCGAUGGACCUUCAGCCCCUCCUGCCUGGUGGCCUACCGGCCCGAGGAGGAUGCCAACCUGGACGUGGCUGAGCGCGCCCGGGAGAACAAAAGCUCACUGAGCGUGGCCCUGGACAAGCUUCGGGCCCAGAAGAGUGACCCGGAGCACCCGGGAAGGCUGGUGGUGGAGGUGGCUCUGGGUAACAUGGCCCGGGCUCUGGACCUGCUGCGGAGGCGUCCAGAGCAGGUGGACACCAAGAACCAAGGCAGGACCGCUCUGCAAGUGGCUGCCUACCUGGGUCAGGUGGACUUGGUACGGCUGCUGCUACAAGCCAGGGCGGGCGUGGACCUGCCGGACGAUGAGGGCAACACGGCGCUGCACUACGCGGCCCUGGGGAACCAGCCUGAGGUCGGCAGGGUGCUCCUGAAUGCUGGGUGCCGGGCAGAUGCCAUCAACAGCACCCAGAGCACAGCGCUGCACGUGGCCGUGCAGAGGGGCUUCCUGGAGGUGGUGCGGGCCCUGUGUGAGCAUGGCUGUGACGUCAACCUGCCUGAUGCCCACUCGGACACGCCCCUGCACUCCGCCAUCUCGGCGGGCACUGGCGCCAGUGGCAUCGUCGAGGUCCUCACGGAGGUGCCAAACAUCGAUGUCACCGCCACCAACAGCCAGGGUUUCACCUUGCUGCACCAUGCCUCCCUCAAAGGCCACGCGCUGUGAGUGUGGAGUGGGCACACAGCUGCGGCCAGCCUCUUGCUGUGCUGCCCAGGGACAGUCCCAGGUCCCAGACCAACCUCCCUACUCCCACAGAGCUGUGAGAAAGAUUCUGGCUCGGGCACGGCAGCUGGUGGACGCCAAGAAGGAGGACGGCUUCACGGCGCUCCACCUGGCCGCCCUCAACAACCACCGUGAGGUGGCCCAGAUCCUCAUCCGGGAGGGCCGCUGUGACGUGAAUGUGCGCAACCGGAAGCUGCAGUCCCCGCUGCAUCUAGCCGUGCAGCAGGCCCAUGUGGGGCUGGUGCCACUGCUGGUGGACGCUGGGUGCAGUGUCAACGCCGAGGACGAGGAGGGGGACACAGCCCUGCACGUGGCGCUGCAGCGUCAUCAGCUGCUGCCGCUGGUGGCUGAUGGGGCCGGGGGGGACCCAGGGCCCUUGCAGCUGAUGUCCAGGGU